AUGCACCAAUUCAUGCCGGGUGAGAGCAAUCUGAAGGAAAAUGCCCGAUCACCCGAGCGUCGGGAGAACUCUCGUCCGCCCCUGCGGGAAGUCCAACUGGCCAACGUGGAAGCUGAGCUGAAGCAGAUUUGCUCGACCUCUUUGGAGGCAGAGACCUCGAAGCGCCGAAGCAGUUGGGCCGCGGACAUCGAGUUUCGCCUCUCGCUCUUCGAGGCCGAGGACGCGGUGCUGCCGGCGUCACGUGGUGCGCCGGUGCUGCCGGUGCUCGGUAUGGAGCAGGUGAGGAUGGAUGAUCUGAAGGAGGAAGUGAAGGAAGUGAAGGAAGUGAAGGAAGUGAAGGAAGUGAAGGAAGGCGGUAUCUGUGAGACAUCGGAAACAGAUGCAGAUGGGGAAGCAGCCGCGAUUGAAACACUGGGAUCUGAGGAGCAGAUCCAUAUGGAAUCUCCAGAGGUUGAAAGUGAGUUGGACUUACCAAUUCCACGAAAUACCGGGGAGACCUCAGACUCAGAUUGGCCGACGCCGCCAGACAGCCCCAUCCAAAGUGCUUUUAGCUUUGCCAAGAGCUUUGAAUGUCCAAAGAUGACUCCGUCUGUGCAUUCCGUUUUCGAGGUGGAUACGAUUUCCUUUAGCUCAGAGGCUUCGCACAGUUCAAGUCCCAAAGCCCUUCCUCCGGCACUCACCGAGCGCAGCGAGCGCAACGAGCGCAGCUCGCACUGCGCAGCUCGCUGUGAAGCUCCAUCAUUCUCGACGGAUGUCGCCGUGAAGCGAGGCAAGUCGGUGUCGCCGGUGAAGAGGUUGGAAGCCUUGCCAUCAUGGAGUUUUGACACUUUGAGAGGCGAGCUGAACACCUUCCAAAGGUCUUUGCUGCGAGAACAAGAGAGAACAGAGAAACUGUCCAAGCUGAACCAGCAGCUUCAGCAGCUUCAGCUUCCAUCGCCAAGUCGGUCGAGAUGCCAAAGUCCGAGCUUGAAAAGAUCACGGUCAGGCCCAAUCCAGGUCCACACUCGCAGUGAAGCUUGGAUGGAGAGGAGGAAAGAGCGGCAUUACGCUCUCAGAGAAGAAAAAAGAAGAGAGGAGCAGCGAGAAUGCACGUUCCAACCUUUCGGGGUGUCGAAGCCGCGAUCACCUCGAGUCCAGCAAGACUUCUACAAUCGGCAGGUGCAAUGGCAGCAACUGCUGCAUGAGAAGUGGGACCAGGAACGCCAGCGACAGCGCCAGUGUCAAGAGUUGGAAGAGAACCAAGGUGGUGUUCGCGAUCGUCCAGACGCCAGCGGCCAAAGCGCCUUCGAGCGUUUCCACCAGCGAAACCAGCAGUGGCAGAAAGCGCAUGCCGAGCGAGCGGCCCGAGCGCAAGCGAGAGCACAAAGUGCCACACCCAGGAUGCGCCGAGGUGAACCGAACGACGAACGUCGACCACGGCGACACGUCUUCGACGCAUGUCUCGUUGCGUCCUCUUCGGCCGUGCGACACGGCCCCACGACGCAGGGAACGGCCGUGGGUGUUCCGCCGUCCGAGCGGCGGACGUCCGAGCGGAGCCAAGUCUUCCAUCACCUGCUGCAGUUGCGACGUGCGCUGGUGGAGUCCAAGCCGAAAGCUGCGGUCGGCACCGCGCCCUGGCAGAAAGCUCUUCGGGUGGAGGUGGCUCGGUCACAAGGUGCCGGAGCUGCCCCGAAGCAUUAA